UCACUGAUAGCAACAGUCGCUUUUUUUUUUUGGUCUAACUCACUCACUCUUCGCCUGACUGAGAUUUCUUCUCCGCUUGAGGCAAAGAUGCUCAACGCUGUCAUGGACGCCGUGCAGGGUUUUGGGGUGAGCACCACCCACUACCUGCAGACCAACUAUCAGGAUGCCCAGGGCCUGUUCCUUUGGGUGUCCUGGGCGGCAGACCUCAGGAACACUUUCUUCAUCUUCUUCCCGCUUUGGUUUCACCUGCGGGCCUCAGUGGGCAUUAAGCUCAUCUGGGUGGCAGUGAUCGGAGACUGGCUGAACUUGGUGUUUAAAUGGAUUCUGUUCGGGGAGAGGCCUUACUGGUGGGUCCAUGAGACGGCUCACUAUGCAAACACUGUCCCCCCUCACAUUGAGCAGUACCCCAUGACCUGUGAGACUGGGCCAGGAAGCCCCUCUGGACAUGCUAUGGGAGCUGCAGGUGUGUACUACACCCUGGUGACCUCCAUCCUCGCCAUCGUAACCAGCAAGAAGAAGCACGGAAGCAAGAAAUCCACCGACAAAGAAUGGUAUCUGAAGGCGGUUCUGUGGACACUGUUUUGGGGAGUCCAGGUGUGUGUCUGUCUCUCCAGGGUCUUCAUUGCCGCCCACUUUCCCCACCAGGUCAUUGCUGGUGUCAUCACAGGUAUGAUCGUCGCUGAGGCCUUCAACAGAACUCAGUGGAUCUACAGCGCCAGCAUGAAGAAGUACUUCUACACCACCCUCUUCCUGACCUCCUUCGCUGUCGGCUUCUACCUCCUGCUCAAAGCUCUGGGUGUGGACCUGCUGUGGACCCUGGAGAAAGCCCAGAAGUGGUGCAUCAGGCCUGAGUGGGUCCACCUGGACACCACGCCCUUCGCCAGCCUCCUGCGCAACAUGGGCACCCUGUUUGGUCUGGGUCUGGGCCUGCACUCACCUCUCUACACCGAGACCAAGAAGAGCAGCAGCACGUUGGCCAAAGCAGGGUGCAUCAUCAGCUCUCUCCUCCUGCUGCACCUGUUUGACUCCUUCAAGCCUCCCACGCACACCGCAGCCCUGUUCUACCUGCUGUCCUUCUGUAAGAGCGCCACCGUGCCUCUGGUCACCGUCAGCAUCAUCCCGUACUGCGUGAACGGAGCUCUGACCCUGCAGAGCAAAAAGGGAGUGUGAGUCGUGAACUCAGAUUGUAAAGACUAGUGAACUGGAAGUGCGAAGACUCUUCCAGAUCAUAAAAACUUUCCUCUGGUGCUGAUUACAUUCAUACAUCGAACUGAUCCUCAGGAGAAACAGAAGGGAUGAGUGGGAAACUGUCACUGGUGCCAUGUGGACACUGAACUCUGUGAACACUGUGUGACGCCAAGUAAAAGCACUAUCCAGGAUGCCCAGCGGCACUUCCAAAGACCCAGUUUGAAUUUUAAAAAAUAGAAUAAUUACAGUUGUCUCAGAGUCCUGAGAAUGGACAAACAAUGACCACAAGAGUCUAGCAAGUACAGCUUUGAUAUGUUAUUUCAAGUGUCAUAGUAAUGUAUUUUUAAAUGUUAUAGAAAGUAUUUUUGAAUAUUUUUUAAUAAAAAUCUUGAAAAUG